AUGCGGAGCCAUCUAGUGUUAGCAGUUGCUUUGUCAUUAAUAGUAACCGGAUGCAUUAAUUCGAUAGCGACGAAAUUCCAAGACAACCAAUGUGUCAGAAAUUGUAACGGCGAAGGAUCGCCAGUUUUGUUUGAACAGCCAGUGCUACAAACAUUGCAAAUGUUUGUUGGUGAAACCUCGUUGCUAUUUGUGAUGCUGUGGCAGAAAUUUGGGGUUAAACGCGAUGGCUAUGAGUUGGUUUCCGGCAGUGAUAACUCUAAUAAGGUGAAGCUAACUACAAGACGCAGUUACGCGCUAUCGUUGCCUGCUAUCUGUGACAUAUGCGGGACUACAUUGAUGAACCUCGCGUUGACUAUGAUUCCUGUGUCGAUCUACCAGAUGACCAGAGGCGUUUUGAUUCUAUUUGUUGCAUUGUUUAGCAUUGUGUUUUUGAAGCACAAGAUAUCGAGAUUCGAAUGGUUGUCGCUAUUCAUCGUUGUGUUCGGAGUCUUCCUUGUUGGAUACAGCGGUCAGACCGGAGUGACCAUCGAUGUUUCAUUGAUUACCGGCAUUCUAUUGAUCGUUUUGGCACAGGUGUGCACAGCGUCACAAUUUGUCAUUGAAGAACACAUAAUGUCGAAAUGGAUCGUGACACCGUCGACUUUAGUUGCAUACGAGGGUAUGUACGGCGCUGGUAUCACAUUGGGUGCCAUGUGUCUUGCGUCCAUCACCGUGGUGCGUGGUCACCCUGACUCCUCCUUCAACAUCGUCAGCUCAUUGCACGACAUGUUUGCAAACUCCAGCGUGCUAUAUUCAUCAAUCAUUAUCAUGACUUCUAUCGCAUGUUUCAACUUUUUCGGCAUCACACUAACAAACAGCAUGAAUGCGACUGUCAGAAGCACCAUCGACACCUGCAGGACGCUACUGGUGUGGCUGGUCUCGCUUUCGCUCGGCUGGGAAUCCUUCAAGUUCAUUCAGUUCGUGGGUUUCGCGAUGCUAGUCCUAGGCACGCUCUUGUUCAACGGUGCCAUCACCGUCGACAAGAACAAGCUUCCAAAAUGGCUCGCAAAGGACUAUCCAGACGACCAAGACCACCGCAUCAUCAACGUCGUGGACGAGGAAGUCGAGCGUUUCUAG